CUGCUUCUAAUUGAUAGUUCUCAUUCUCAGUUACUCCACUGAAGUUGUCACUAGAAAAUGGCUAUCUCCAGUCAAGAUAUUUCAGAAGAGUUGCAAGAACAUAUAACCAAGAUUUUACAACCAAAGAAAGUAGAGUUUAUGAAGAAAGUGAAAUCAACAGUGAAAUGUAAAUCAGAAGAAAAAAUAUUGGCCUUUACAGUAUGGCGGGCAUUUUUGCUGCCCAUUCGGAUUCCUGCUAAGGUGGAAAGUUCUUUCAGUUACUUGGAGAUCAAUGCAAUUGAUGCUGCUGAUCACAAUCAGGUUGUCAUAGAAACUGAGAAAACUUCAUACACUCUGAAACUCAUGUCCUUUGAAGAUCUGGAACAGGUGGUUACCCAUGUCACAGCAUCGCUCAAAAAAAUAUUUCCAGACUCGUCACCCAGGAAGUUGCUCAAGAAGAAUUCACCUGAGUUACAAGAGAGAAUCAAAAAAAUCACUUUGGCAGUGGAGGAAGAGACUGGCUCUAAUCCAGGACCAUGUGGUGGCUACUCGGAGAUGUAUGCUGCAUUGUGUGAUUACAAUGGGUUUCUCUUCAAAGAAGAGAUCCAGUGGGAUGUAGAUACCAUCUACCAUAGCCAGAACACCAAGGAGUUUAACCUUCUAGACUUCAGCCACUUGGAUACAAGAGAUGUAGCGUUGAGUGUGGCAGCCUUAGCAUUCAACCAAUGGUUUACAAAACUUUUCUCAAAGGAUUUGCGACUGAGCCCUGAUGUGACAGAACAGGUUUUGUAUGUAAUCAGUUUGUCCACUAAACUAGAGGAGCUGGUUUUAGAAAAUGCUGGAAUUAAGUUUGAUGCUGCACAGAAAAUAGCACAGGCUCUGGAAGAGAAUGUGAAUCCUGCACUUCACACAAUAAACCUAUCCAACAAUCAACUGGAGGACAGAGGGGUAUCAGCACUCAGUCAACCGUUUGAAAAGCUAACCAAAGGACUGAAGUCCAUCAACCUCUCCAGGACAUCACUGGCUGCAAAGGGUCUUAACUCUUUGGCUCAGUCAUUUAUUGCUAAUGAAACUUUCGCAUCAUCUCUUGUUCACCUGGAUCUUUCUGGGAAUCCUGGGAUCUUAGCUGUUGAAGAAAAUUGUAACUUUUAUACAUUUCUUGCCCGUCCGAAUGCACUGGCUCACCUGGAUCUAUCUGGUACCGAUUGUGCCCUGGAUUCUCUCUUUGGAGCACUGAAUCGAGGGUGUUGUACACAUCUGACCUCUCUGAUUCUCAACCGAAAUGUUAUUUCACACAAGAAAGCAAAGGAAAUCCCUUCUUCAAUGAAGCAGUUCUUCAGCAACUGUUUAUCCUUGAAGUGCAUCACACUGUCUGGUAUUAAGCUACCUCUAGAAGCAGUAAGAGCCAUUCUGCAGGGCCUGGCCUACAACACUCACAUCUGUAAUGUGCACCUGGAUCUUAGUAACUGUGAGUUGAGAUCAGCAGGUGCUCAGGUGAUCCAGGAUCACAUUAUUGAUGCCAGCACUAUCAGCAGUCUGGACUUAUCAGACAAUGGGUUUGACUCUGACAUGGUAACGUUGGUCUUAUCAAUUGGGAGAAGCAAAUCUAUCCGACACGUAGCACUUGGCAAAAAUUUCAAUAUAAAGUCAAAAGCCUUGGCUGAUGUUCUUCACAGGAUUGUCCAACUUAUCCAGGAUGAAGAAUGUCCUCUCCAAUCACUGUCAGUUGCUGAUUCACGAUUAAAGUCUGGAGCAAAUGUCCUCAUUAAUGCUCUGGGCAGCAACACCUGCUUGAAAAAGGUUGAUAUCAGUGGAAAUGCCAUGGGAGACAUUGGAGCAAAGAUGUUGGCUAAAGCUUUGCAGAUUAAUACAACCCUUGGAACUGUGAUCUGGGACAGAAAUAACACAACAGCAGUGGGAUUCCUGGAUAUUGCAAGGGCGCUGGAGAGGAAUUAUACACUGAGGUCAAUGCCUUUACCCAUGAGUGAUGUAUCCCAGGCUUGUCGCAGCAAUCCAGAGAAAACUGAAGAAGCUCUGCAGAAGAUACAAUCUUAUCUCCUUCGGAACAAUCAGAUGAAGAAAGUUUCUCCAGAGCAGGCUUUUCGGCUGCAGGAGAGAAUUGUAACAAGUUCCACACAACAAGUGGUGGACAGUAUGUGUGAGAAAGUGCAAGAAUAUCUGCAUAUUAUUAAUAAUGGAUCUGUAAAAGAAAGGCAAGAAGAUGUAAUAUUUGCUGAAGAAAUCAUUAAGGAUGCUAAGACAUUAACCACACUGUUACCAGCCUUGUAUCAAAUGGGUAACACACCACCUUUGGUAAGGACAGUGCAGGGAAAGCUGGAGUUAGCUGCUGAAGAGGUCUCAAAAGCUAUAAUUGAGGAAAUCCAGACACUCAUUCAGUCCCUCAUGAAAUCCACUGGUAUCCUGUGUCCCACUCUUCUACAGAAAGUCAACAUGCAGGAACAGCUCAUCAACAAUGUAUCUGACAGAAUCUUCAACCCCAAGAAUUUUGCAAGAAGCAUGAUUAUUGAUCAAACAGGAUUAGGGAUCAUGAACAAACUCAGUGAAGUGAAGCUCCAUGUCACUGCUGCUUUAAUCAGUCACAUUGUGGACCAUGUUCUGAAGGACCUGGUGAUUGCUCAGCAGAAGCUUGCAUGUUAUGCAACAAAGCCACCAUGUGAAACAUCAGACUCAAAUACAACAAGUGUAGAAGCCUCAGAGGAAGAAACCAUCAGCAACAAAAUAAACGUUUCAUUGAACGUCCCUGAUGUCUUGGCUCCAAUUGAGAGCCUCUCUAUACUUCGUAGGAAGACAAUACAUUCCAGAAGAAUCAGGCCAACUACAGCUUUGAAAAGCAGCUCAGAUGUUGAGGUAGAGAGACAAGCUGAGAAGAACCUUCUGCAGCUUCGACAGAACUGCUGACAGUUGGCAUCCAGGCUGUUAAGUCACAUCCAGCCUCCACAGAAAUGAGUGCUGUAAAUGGAAACAAAUACUGAGAAUGCUUCCACAGCCUGUCUAGUAGAUCUGCCAACAGAAGGGAUGAAACUGCAGCACCACACUCGGGGAAGACCAGACCAAAUCGGGACCAGGAAACAGCCUCCUUCCAAGCCUUCAGUGAAAUCUGCAGACCAGGAAAAGAGAGAGAAUGCAACCACACCAAGCUGGAUGAUGGACUUGAAGAAUUCUUCAAGAAUAAGAUAGUAUGUGAGGAAACCAGUAAACCCCAGCCUGUGAAGCAAGAAGAACCAAGCACCUCA